AUGUCCUCCUCAAGCGCGAAAAUCACCCUGAAUACCCCUGCCGACUGGAUCCUAUGGAUCGACCAGCUGCAGUCGAAGGCUAAGUCCUACGACCUCUGGCGAUAUAUCGAUCCCCAGCGCCUAGGCGCCUUAAACACGGGACAAACGCGUCUCGAGCGGCAGAUGGAGCGGCCGAAGCGCCCCGAAAUAUACGAUCACCCUAAGACCGGCAAAGCCGAAGUGCUAAACGAAGACGCCGACUACGAAACGCGCGCACAAGCGCUGGAGGAGCUCUCGGCAGCCAAUCUCGCCCUGUAUAAGGAACGUCGGUCUGAAUAUAUGGAGCGCUCCAAGACCCAUGAAGCGUUCCUGAAAGGGAUUCGCGUGCUCGAAGACUAG